AUGGGGGACACACAAGGAAUAUACACGGUUAAGAAUGCCUACAGGCGUAUUAUGGGAGAUUAUUCUGAUAACCCAGGGGCUUUUGAUAAAUGGGAUACAUUAGGGAAGUUAAAAGUGCCACCCAAAUGGAAAACCUUUUUAUGGAGGGCUGUGUCUGGCAUACUCCCCACCACUGAUAAUUUGAUUAUUAAAAGAGUGGAGGUGGAUCCUAUAUGUCCGAUGUGUGGCUAUGCACAAGAGAAUAUUAUGCAUGCACUGAUUUUAUGUGAUUAUUUUAAAAUGGUUUGGAAUAUUUCGGGAUUACCUGUCACGAAUAUUCUAACUAAUUUAUUCCAAUCAUGGCUCGUAGGCAUGCUGAACUCGUUGACGGAAGGGCAAGUAAGGCUGGCCGUGGGAAUUCUAUACUAUUUAUGGCAUGCCUGGAAUUCGGCAGUAUGGGAGAAGACUUUGCCACGGCCUGCAUCCACAGUGAAGAGGGCGGUGAGGACCGAGGAGGCGUUCACCAAGCUUGGACGCGCAACAUAUCAACCUCCUGCCACCAUGAUGCUCGAAGACGAUGCACAAAAUCGGCUGAGGUGUUUCUUCGACGCUGGCUACAGACAUCACACAGGAGAAGCGACAUAUGGAGUUGUGCUACUCAAUCACGAUGGUGUUUUUGUGGCGGCCACGUCUGGAACACUCCCUGGUGCUUUUUCACCUAUUAUAGAGGAAGCUCUUGCGUGCAAGGAAGCCCUAUCAUGGCUUAAAGGGCGCGAUACACGGAUGGUUGAUCUACUCACAGAUUGCAUAGAGUUGCGAAACAUGAUACAAUCAAGAAGUACAGGAACUCGAUCUUAUGUUGGGUCAUUGCUGACCAGUGCAGGACAUCUAUGUCGUUAUUUACAUAUUGCUCUUUAA